AUGUCCGCUACAGAGCCUAUGGCGCCGCCGCCACCAGGCGUGACACCCACAUUCCACAACGAGUAUCCAUGGCUGUACAAUGCCAACGUCUCUAUCAUUAUCUUCGGGUUGACAAUCAGCUGUAUAUGUCUUGGGCUGCGUGCGUGGACACGAGUCUAUUUGCUACGCAAAUUUGGCUUGGACGACGGUGAGGAAGUCUUUCUGGCCCGACAGAAUCUUGCUGACACUCCUUUCCCAAACAGCGUCAAUUAUUCUGGCAUGGUUAUUCUCCAUCGGAACACAGAUGACAUCCUUAUGUGCGUGGUUGAUAAAUAUCUCCUGUCCACCUCGAUUCUUUACGUGCCCGCUCUCGCAUUAGCGAAAAUCAGUCUUAUAAUCCUCUACCACCGGAUUAUGAAAAAGCAAAGGAUCUACGUACUGGCACUGCACGCUAUCACGGCCGUGGUGUUGGGAUACAGUAUUGCAAUUAUCUUCGCCUUGAUCCUCGCAUGCCACCCUGUCAGCAAGAACUGGGAUUCCAAUAUCGAUGGAGUAUGCGUUAACCGCACGGCUCUAUACAUCGCCACUGCUGUGACCAACAUUGUCACUGAUCUAGCGUUGAUCACACUCCCCAUCCCGCUGGUGCUUCGUCUCAACAUGCCCCGCUCACAGAAGAUUUACCUUUUCCUUAUGUUCGUCAUUGGUUGCGCAACUGUCAUCACGAGUAUCCUGCGCAUGGUCACCCUGGUGGACUUCCUCCACGCCAAAGACGUGACUUAUAAGCUGGCCUGGCCGGAAUUGUGGAUCAAUGUCGAAGCCAACCUCAUCAUCAUCUGCCCCUGUCUGCCCAUCCUACGCCCAUUCAUGCGCCACUACAUCCCCGGCUGGGGUGAUGAUGAGACUGCCACCGGCAAUCCUUACCUGGAUAACACCUACACGGACUCCCAGAACAAGUGGAAGACUGCCUAUGGCCAGAAUGAUGAAAUUGCACUAGCGGACAACGUGGACAGCGUUCGCAGUGAGUCGCGGAUGGUAAAGUCGAGCCGAUAG